CAUUCUUAUCACUGCCUAAGCACAUUGUUCAUUGCUUUAUUGCCCAAAGCAGGCCAGGUAACAUCCUUUCCUAAGGCUAGCUUAAGCCUGUCUCUGCCACAGAGAAUAUAUCCUGCUGCAGGUCUGUGCUAUGAGUCAGGAAGAGAACAGUAAUAUAUGGGGAUUGAGCUUUGCCUGAAUUUUCGCGUGGCAGCCUGGAAACCAGCCUGGUUCAAAAAUGCACAUUUUCUUUGUAUCAUUUUGGCCUGUGUGAGCCGCGCGAGUCCUUCCCGCAGCACUAAGCGGAGGUGAAACGACAACGAGACGCGGUGGGUGGAUCCACGUGGCAGAGGAGAGGUGCGGGCAGCGGAGGGGGAACAGCCCUUCAUUGUGACGCCCCCAGGGGCAGGACUCUGCAGUCAGUAUGGAGGCAAUAGCCAAAUAUGACUUCAAAGCCACAGCUGAUGAUGAGCUGAGCUUCAAAAGAGGGGACGUACUGAAGGUCUUGAAUGAAGAAUGUGACCAAAACUGGUACAAAGCCGAACUCAAUGGCAAGGAUGGAUUUAUCCCCAAAAACUAUAUUGAGAUGAAGGCACACCCGUGGUUUUUCGGCAAAAUUCCCCGUGCCAAAGCGGAGGAGAUGCUUGGAAAGCAGAGACACGAUGGUGCCUUUCUGAUUCGGGAGAGUGAAAGUGCUCCUGGAGAUUUCUCCUUAUCAGUCAAAUUUGGCAACGAUGUGCAGCACUUCAAAGUCCUACGGGAUGGAGCCGGCAAGUAUUUCCUGUGGGUGGUAAAGUUCAACUCAUUGAAUGAGCUAGUGGACUACCACAGGUCCACAUCCGUGUCUAGGAACCAGCAGAUCUUCCUACGAGACAUCGAGCAGGUUCCACAGGUACACGGGGGAGACAGAGCCACGAGUUUGCCACAGCAACCGACCUAUGUGCAGGCACUAUUUGACUUUGACCCCCAAGAAGAUGGUGAGCUUGGAUUCCGAAGAGGAGACUUCAUCCAAGUUGUAGACAACUCAGAUCCCAAUUGGUGGAAGGGGACAUGCCUUAGCCAAACGGGCAUGUUCCCACGUAAUUACGUGACACCUGUUAACCGUAACAUGUAACCAGAGUCGGCAAGGAACCAGUGGCCAAGGAGGAGCACAGACAGACUGAUCUGGGAGGCAUUUUGGACUGACUGAACGACCAAGGGGAAAGAAAAUCUUGGCCUGGGGGAGCCAAGACAGACAGCUGACCGACCGUCUGAAUGCAGCCACGCACACCAGCAAGGACAGUUUGCCCUGGGAUUGUCACAAAUAUUCAGUAACAAGAUAGAAGCAUGAAUAGCUCAUUAAUCGGGGGUUUGGGGGAUAUAGACAUAUUGUAAGAAUGCUUAUGUUUUUGACUGCUAGAUCUGGUUGGUUGCCCUUUGACUGACAGAUGACAGAACUUCAGAAUAGUACAGGGGGUGGGAAUGGUACGCAUUCAUUAUAGCUCACAUACAGCUCUUUAGACUGACUGACUAUCACAGUGGUUAAUGCUUGCUGGGCCUUGAUCUGAGACGGCGACCCCAGAAGUCUGGCCGUGUUUUGUGCAGUUGCUCCGCGCAUUUUCUGAAGUUGAACCCUUGGCCCAACAUCGAACUUUUUUGGGUGGGAGGGUGAAGAGUCCCACUGACUCUUGAGGGAGGGGAUGGGUGAUUAUUGAUGUUUGAUUUAGAAUGCCAAAACUUACCUUUAAAUUAAAAACAAAAACAAGAGACUUUUUUUUUUUUUUUUUUUUAAUUAACAAACUCCCUUUACUGCUGCUGUUUCUUCCCCACGUCCCGUUCCUGUUUCACUUACCCCCCUCCCCAACCACGCAUGUGUUAGCCAAGCACUAAGUACACCCGCCUUGGAAAAUUAAAUGUGCAGAAGUGAGAGCUGCCAUAUCCACUCAUUUUCUCUCUCUAUGCAAAUCUGAUUCUGCUGGUUUGAUUGUAAGGGGCCAUAAAUAUUAACCCUCCCCCUUCUUCCCAAAUAGGGAUCCCCCCAAAAAAAAAAAUGUUGGGGUGGGGUGCAAAGGUAGCUGACACAUAUGUGCCUGUCUAGCCUUGUGUCUGUUCAGCUGACCUGCCUCAGGCAUCUUUACAUGAUAUUGACUUUUUGUAUCUCACUCCCACAGUAGAGUUGGCAGGGCAAGCCUAAUCCAGUAUUCAGUGGUUAUUUCAUUUAACUGUACUGGCAGGAAAAUGCAUUUGGGACACUGGCUGGGAUGGGGCCAGCAGGGAUCUAGCAGGGUAUUGGUUAUAACCUAGGGUUUUGAAAAACAUUAAAGACAAAGCCCACUUUUAAAAUUAACUUUUUAAUGCAAUGUAUCGUUCUUCAGUUCAUCAUUUCAGGUUGCUAUGAGGGGUUGACCCCAACAACCUGGCCAUGGUUUGGCUGACUUGUAAUAAAACAUACAUGCUGUUACCCUGGGUAGAGGAUUCAGAGUUGGCCUCUGCCCAAUAUGUCUAACCAUAGAAGCAGCUCAUUGUUUCCUGGCUUGCGGACUGACCGUCUGGAUUGUCUUGGUUGUUUAAAGGGGAUUGAAAAGCCACAGAGGCUGAAUGAUAAUAUGCCCUUUAAGUAUGCAAGGCAAGUGUUUGAGAAAGGCAUAGCUUACAGAAUAAUAUUUCUCCGUACUAGAGCUGCCAUACUACCUGCCUCUCCUGCCAUAUAAACAAAUGAGUGUUUCGUACACACAGCAAGCCAUGGUCUUAUCAUUAAAGUGCAAUUAAAUAAUAAUAAAAAAAUGAUGCAUAGGGUCUGUUUCCCCUUUGAGUUUGAUUCUUUUUAUCCAUGUCCUCAAAACCCUACGGUGGUAACGUACCUCCCUCACUGAGGACAGCUGGACUGCCUCUCUGGCCCCUCUGACCCCCGGUCCAUCUGCUUCCUCAAGGUCAUCGUGUAUAUGGGGGGCUUGGACUGCACUGGGACCAUAUGAUUGUCUAUUCGGGGAUUUGUGUGUAUCCUCCAGACUGGUAACUUGUGUGUGUAUAUGAAACAAAUCAAAUCAGUGUUUAAUUAAAGAACGGCUUCUGUAUUUAAUCCUCCAAUGCAGCAUUCAAUAGAUAGAUGUUAACUGUUAAUAAUAAUUAUAAUAAUAAUAAAAAUCUGGUGUUUUCCUCA